GCUCCUCACUCAGAUAGUGUCAUCUUGCUCGAAUCUUUCCUCGUCUCGCACGGCAUAGACACCACAGGCGACGCGCUCCAACGAACAACCGCAAAUGAUUGGAUCUCACUCAAGACCACCAUUGAAAUCGCAGAGAAACCUCUUGACACAACCUAUUCAAUAUAUGCGAACCACAAGAUUGGACUCACUGCGAUUUGUACAAUGUCAUACAGUCUUCCUGCCCACCUUCACGACCACAUUGACGUCGUUCAGCCUACGAACUACUUC